AUGGCAAACAAGUUUGGAUUAGGGUCUUUACCUGUAGAUUCUAAAAAUCCCAUGAGUUCUACGGCGUUUAUAAACAAAGCGAAACCUUUUUUCGUGUAUCAAAUCGGAGACACCUUACAAGGGGAUAUCGAUAUGAACAAUUUCAAAAUAACUAAUUUAAAGUUUCCAGGAAACGAUAACGAUGCCGUGAACAAGAAAUAUUUACUGGAUCAAAUAAACGCAAUUCAAAUAGAUAAGGACCAUGUUGAAAACAGAAUAAAUGACGUGAAGAAAUACUUCAGACGAAAUAUUAAAAAUCUUGUGAACGAACCCAAACUACAACAAGAGUUAACGAGUUUGAAACGUCUUAUUCAAGUGGAUAAAACAAGUGAGUUGAUAUCUAAAUUAGACGAUAAGAUUACGAAGGUAAAAAUAGACGUCCAACGUUUAAUAGACAACCCAAAUGUAAACGAGGAUAGAUUGAAACGAAAACUAGCCGCUUUGGAAAAAAAACUUGGCGAAUUGCUAGCAGAACUAGACAAGACCGUGGACAAAACCGAGUUACAAAAUUCGAUAUCUAAUUUGAACGAAAAGAUCGCGAGGCAAAAAUCAGAUGUUCAAGAUAUAAUUAACACACUUCCCAUUGACAAAGAUACGUUGAAACGACAAUUGACUGCUUUGGAUACUAAAAUCACGGACGAAUUAGAAAAAGAAGUGGGUGUGAUUAAAAACUUUCUUCAAAAUAAAUUUCGAGAUGAUAUGAAAAAUUAUAUUAAAGAACAGGUCAAUCUUUUGGUAUCUAGAAUUCAUGACGAUUUUUUGAGACAAGAGAGAAAGUUGAGCAAAUUAGAAGCUAUUGUCACGGACAAAUCGUAUUAUUUCAAUCUACCAUUCGAAAGUGACACUGUCUUCGAUAGAAAAGACCAAAUUUAUAAAUCAAACAAAUACGGAUUCAAAGCAGAAAUAAAAGUGGGUUCUCUCGCAUACGGAGAACCUAAAAACGUAUUCGAUAUCGGCGAAACGCAAGAGUUUUCUUUUCGAGGUAAUUGUCUGAUUCAAAUAGAGUUUCCCAUGAAGGUUAAAGUCAAUAAAGUAGUCUUCAAACAAACCGGUAAGGCCGUCAAACAUAUUUCAUUAUUCAAUGAUGGUAAUUUGGAGGAGAAUAUACGUUUGAUUGAUAAAAGGGAUCAGGAAAUUGAAACGAAAAAUGGUAAAUAUGUAGACACCUUUAAAAUGGAAGUAGAAAAUGAUAAGGAUAUCAUUGGAAUCAAAGAUUUAGAUAUGAUAUUGGAGACGGAAAAUCCACCAUCAACCAACAUUGCCAAAAUUCCACGACGCUUACACGGUUGGUAUUAUUUAUAUCAUUACGAUAAAGAAAUGGUGGAAGAAGAAUGGUAUGAAACUACUAGAAUGGUUGCGAAACAUUCGGAAAAACAAAACAUUGAAAAAGUUUAUUCGCACACUAAUCCUUUUAUAAGGAAUUUUAUAAGACGUUCUAUUAAAGGUGGGAGAGUCUCUGCUAACAGAAAAUCGUUCGAAACGAACAAAAUGAAUGAGAUCUGCGCCAUAUUAAAAGAAUACAAUGAAAGCGACACUGAAGGAAUAAUAGAUUUAUUCAAAGAAUACGGUGUUAACCCAAAAGAUAAAACGGAAGUUCACGCUAAACUCAAAGAACUGGACUGUACUAAACUAAUGGCAUUUGAUGCUAACGGUUUAUACGCUUCCGCCAUGUCGGAUUUAGACAGUGAAUAUCCGAGAGCCGAAAGUGGAAGACCGUUUCUACCAGAAGAAGAAAAAGAAUUUGUGAUGCUGUUCAAUAAACAAAAAUUCAGACCUAGAACAGCUAUUUUAACAGUGUGGUUUGACUAUCCCAAAAACAUGUUCUUCCAACUGAUACCAGCUAAAGAUAAAAUCACUUUCGCGAAUAAAGAAGGUAAAAAGGAAACGGGUAACAAAAUCAGGUUCAGAAAUGGUUUCUGUCACGACGUUUUAACAUCGGUCGAUAUUCAAGAAAUAGUGAAAGCCGGUGGACGAAUUAUUAGAAUAUUUGAUGGUAUAGUUUACGAAGAAAAUUUUAAAACUCCACCCUAUAGAGAUUAUAUUUUAAUUUUGAGAGAUCUAAGAAAUAAAUAUAAACGAGAAGGUGAUAUCGUGGGUAGUAAUUGCAUGAAAUUAUUAGGUAAUUCCUUGUAUGGUAAAUCAAUUCAGAAAGACAUAUUCACAACUAGACAUUUAUGGAAUGAAGCAACUUUACAGGCCAACUUUGAUUCACGCGUUAAAACCUAUGAGAAAAUUAAUGAUACUCAAUAUAUUGUUGAAACAGAAAUUGAAGAAAAAGAGAUUACUACCGAAGACAGUAAAUCUACACGACUAACACCUAGUCAUUUGGGAUCAUUCGUUUUAUCUCACAGUAAAAAAAUAAUGAACAAUUUCAUUCACGUCAUAAAUGGAUUUUAUAAACCCGAAAUAUACUAUACCGACACCGAUAGUUUGUACAUUUCAUCCAAAAAUUGGAAAAAACUAAACAGAGCUGGUUUGGUCUCCGAAAAAGACUAUUGCAAAGGUAAAAACGAUUACGGUGACGGUGGAAUUAUAUUUGGUUUAUAUUUAGCACCAAAAGUCAAAUACAACAUCGUUUUGACUUCUGAUGGUGUUUUAAAAGAAAAGAAAACGUUUAAAGGUUAUUCUAAUGAUAAGAUAAGUGUAGAAGAUUACGUUCAGUUAGCAAGCGGACAUGAUGUGUCGAACGAAUUUAAUAAACCAUGGGAAAAAAGUUUCACCAAUGGAGUAGUUAUUCCAAAUGAUAAACAAACUAAAGUUUUUAGAAGUUAUUUGAAUAAUGUUAAAAGAAAACCACCAAACAGUGAAGGAAUUAUGUAUCCUUACAACGACAAAGAUGAGUAUAGUUUUGACGAAAACUAUGAAUUUGAUGAUUUCGAUUAUCUUACUAUUCAAGAAGAGAAUGAAGAUUGUUUUAAAUGA